AUGUCUGGCCACAACCGCAGAAACUUGAGCAUCAAUGUCGCUCAAAGCCUCGUUCCGCAGACGGGUGCACCUCCCAUCUUCACGCCUGGACCGCUCACCGCUGCCAUGCCCGUCCACGGCCACCAAUCUCGGCCGUCUAUGUCCCAUGCACUUCCUUAUCCUCUCAGUCUCGCUAUGAACAAUCCUAUGAAUACUAUGCAAACCCCUGUCCAAGCCCAGUUCUUCCAGCCCGUCCCCGGCUUCAUCCCCGGUCACAACGUUGGCCAGCGAGGAAGUAUCGCCGGUCCCAUAUUCCCAAUCCCGCCAGCUAUUGGCCAGACUCCGCUUACACCAGGUUUUCCUGUAGGCAUUCAGCCUCCGCCGCACAUGGUCCCACCAACCCAGCCCACGGCUGGUGGUCAUGGACGGACGGGCUCCAUGUCCCUCCCUGUAAACCGAAAUCGUCGCCAGCCGAGCAUCAGCACCGGUGGUCCUCCAAAGGCCACGCUCGGAGGUCCAAUGAACAAACAUGUCGCCGCGCCCCUGACCAACCCCGCAUCGUCCGCCGCCGUGCUCGAAAAGACGCUCAAGGGCAAGAAACUCGUCGUAAAAGUCCCCAAAGAGACUCCAACCGACAAUGGCGUUGUGCCGGACUUUGCCAGGCAUCCCGUGCCCACCUCCGACCUAGCUCCUUUCGAGGAUCCACAGUCCAUCGACAUCCAGACCGCGGUCAUCCACCCAGAAGAGCGGCUCAGAGGUGAUUUUCCAAAGACCGUCGAUGUCUUUCUUCCUGGAAAGGGCUCCUGGGACGAGCUCAAACGCAAGAUGAUCGACGAAAAGCUCUCAAAGCUUGGCGUCGAAGUCAACUUUCCCACCAUUUUCACUAACAAUCCAGUCCACGGACGGGCAGCUUCGAUCUCGUCACCCGCCGACCCCAACUUGCUCAUGUUCAAACUCAAUAGGCUCCGCCAGUUCCAAAACCAGGAUCUUUCUCCGAACAUGACACCCUCUAGUCACCUGUCCGCCUCACCGGCUCCUCGCCCGCAGACCGGUUCUCCGUCACCGAAUCAUCUUCUCGGGCCCUCUUCACGUCUCAACAUGCCCGCCAAUCACCGCAACGCAAUGUCUCUCUCAACGACUGGUGCCCUUUACAAUCCGUCUGGCUCGUUCAACCCGUUCGGGCCUACUGCUACGCUGGGCUCUGACCAGAUUAUUUCACCAGCUCUCAGCACAGGAUCUGGCAGAGGUAGACUCCCCGAGGAACAAUCGGCCGCUACGUCUGAAGAGGGCAGAAUUUUUGCUCCACGAGGAGUUCACGGCCGUUUGGGCGCUACAUUGACCAAACCAGACUUUAUCCGUGGGUUUGGGCUCGAUAUCACUGAAGAGACCGAAGAGGAGCUGGAAGAGGUCGAGGCAGCUUCCCAGACGGGCAUGUCGGACCGUGCAGUAUCCGAGUUGGCAGAAGUCCUUCAGGACGAGUUGGAUGCGAUUCCAGAGCUCGACGAGCCUGCGUCGGUGGCGAACAGUCGACGACAUUCGCGACAUACUAGUCGCGUCAGCGCCGCUCUCAGCUUGAGGAGUCUGGGUCGAGGAGGCAAGAGCGAUAGUGGGAUAUUGGAAGAGGACGAAAAAGAAAACGAGGCGGAUGGCGCUAUUCGUGCAUGGGAAAGCGAAGGCGCGGCUAGGAGCCCAGAAGACGAAGACGCAAGGUCGCCCGCGAAUGGAUGGGCUGGUAGCGACGACGAGAGCGUUGGCGAGUUUUCCAAUCCUUCAGACGAGGAGCGUGCGAGAGAACUCAAGAGGGCUCGCAAGCAGGCGAGAGCCGGCCAUGGUAGUCAACAGGGAUCUCGAUCCAACUUUUCUCGACCGGGCGAGCAUCUCGACGUGCCACGCAUCAAUAAUGCUCAUGAUGCAGAUUCCGAGGAAAUUGUGUCCAAUCCAAGUGACGACGAGAUGUAUCGCCACAAAUCGACGAGCAGGCCUCUGCCAGCUAUCCCGACAUCUGCAACUCAUUCGAGAAACAACUCGGGUCACGUCUAUGUACACUCGCGAUCGGGAUCUGGUCACAUCUUGCCCCAUGCCAUCCCUCUUCCUCAUUCCAGAGGACCGUCUGGCCAGUUUGCAACCGGAGGCAGUAGCCACGGUACCCCACCUGUUGCUUCUCCUGGAUAUGCGGCGACUGGAUUCGCUAUCAACCAUCGGGACUCGCUCAACCCGCAUGCCGCGCCAUUUGUGUUUGGCAAGCCGUGGUAUUCGAGCACUGCUGCCCCCGCCACGCCGCCUGUCGAGACAUCGACAUUUGCGCAACAGCAACAGCAGCCUCCGACAUCGGGUGCACAUCGUCUAAACGCCACCGCUGCAGAGUUUAAGCCGAGCAUCAGCGCGGCAGAGUUCAAGCCCAGCUUUGCUGCACCAGAGUUUAAACCCAGUACCACUGCUCCAGAGUUCAAACCCAGUACCACUGCGCCAGAGUUCAAGCCUAGUCCUGCUGCUGCCGAGUUUAGGUCGACUUUGGCUGCGCCCGUGUUUGAGCCCAAGUUGCCUCCUAUCGAGUUUGGUCCUAGCGGACUCACGGGUGCAUUCAAGUCGAACCCUGGAUCGGGCGAUUUUACUAUUCGCACGACGAGUGGCGAGCCUGCUGUCGCACCAGCUGCGUCCGAGUUUACGUUUGAGCCGCCUCCGGUUGCACCCAAGUUGGCAUUCCCACCGCCUGCGGUCAUCAACGAACCCGCACAACCCGUCAAUGCGCAUGGACGGGCGAUUCAAGGCAGGGAGAAGAGGCAGCGGACUGGAUCGGAUGUGGAUGCGGAGCCCACUGCAAACGAAAGUGUCGUCGAGGCUGCACCCGCUGGUGCGGAUGUUAUCACCUGGGGUCAACUUUCCGAGUUUACUUUCCCCCACGAAGAGGGAGAGGAAAAGGCAAAGGAGGAGGCACCAGUGCCCACACAAGUGUCGGAUAUCAAACCGUUUGUCUUCCCACCUCCAAAGAGAGCUGCCACAGUUGCCGUUCGUGCGGCCUCGCCCGAGCCAAUCGACCUCACGCCAGAACCUGCAGCGGAAUUCAAGCGAAAGAGCGACUAUCAAGGUCUCGCUCGUAGUCCCAAGCCUCCGCCGCUCACCGACUUGCCGAGACGCGAAUCUGACAAUGAACGACCCAUCUCUUCUGGAGCCUCGAGUGCCCGCGCCUUGCCUCAACCUCCUCAGCGCGCACAGACACUCUUAAGCGACUUUAAGCCGCACUCGGUGUCGUCAAAUACUGUUCCUGUCUCGUUGUUCAAGAACCUUGGGCAUGAUAGGUCGAGGGCGACCUCCCGGGACCUCAGUCACAGCGGUCGACCCUCGUUGGACGACGUCCAUAUGCCGAUGAUUGCACGGUAUGGAGCAAAGGUAGUUGAAGCAGAACCCAAGCCUAUUGCUGUGGAAAAGCCAGCGGACAAGCCGACUCUUGUCCUCCCAGAAAAUCCGAUUCCUCAGCUCAAGACUUCGCCUACGCCACCCAGCCCAAGUGGCUCCUCCGACUCGGAAGUCUCGCGUCUUGGUGUUGGAUCGAUUGCCCUCUCCCCGCGAAUGGACAGUCUCAUCGACGAAAAGAUGGAGGCACUUCGACAGGAUGUCCGUACCUUGGUCGAGGCGCACUUGCUGAAGAUGAAUACGACGACGUCGAACCGCGCCGAAGAGGCACUGAUGCGCAUCGCUCGCCUCAUGCGCGAGCAGGCGGCUGAGCGCCAAGACAGCAAGUUUGAACCCCUCAACUCUACACUUGUGCGCACAAUCGUGGAAGAUUCGAGCAAAGAGGUCACGUCUACGAUUCAACGCGAGCUGUCCGAGUUUGCGCAUUUGCUUCAUUCUAAUGUCAAGCGAACGCCCGGAGAGGAUAUUAUCCGUCUCAUUGAGGAGCAGGCGUCGAGAGUGAUCACGGCUGUCAGCGGAGCGACGCACACCUUGGCGGCACGGCUCGAGGUCGUCCAUUCUCUGGUUAACCAACCCGCACCAGCACCAGCGCAGGCAGCUCACGCCCGUGCACCAAGUCACGAGAGUCUUUUACGUGUCCUUCGUCCGCAUCUGGAACAAUUGCGCGCAGUGCCCUUCGAUGUUGAUGUCGUGACAUCUCGUCUGGCAGAGGCCGUCAAGCCGACGUUGGCAGACUUUAUCGAUCUUGCUUCUGACAAGGGCGAGACGGCGGAGUUGAUCGUGGCCAAACUCGCUCCAGUCUUGGCAUCUUUGCAGUCGUCUCGUAUUGAGACGCAGGAGAUUGCGAACCAGCUCGCCGAGGAUAUCAGUCGGUUGGUCCCUCCCGUGGACUCGGUUGCGCUCACGGAACAAGUCGCCGACCUUGUCGUUGAGCGAUUGGAUUCACGCCUUACGGUUCGGGAAAAGGGAAUGAAGCCAGAUGCGAUUGCUCAGAAGGUUGUCGAGGUCCUUCAACCGCAACUUUCCACUGCGUCGCGAGAGGAGACGGCAAGCAAUCAUACCGAGUCAAUUAUGCGAUCAUUGGACGCCCUUUCCAAACGCGUCGAGCAAGCGCUGCAUGCAGCGACACAUGCAAAGGCCACUGCGCAGCACUCGACUGUGCAGUCCGACGAGCUUGCAGCUAUUAUCCUCGAGCUGAGAAAGCUUGGCGGAGUGACCGAGAGUCAGGCCUCACUCGUUGCCAACGUCUCCGAGCUGCGACCUGCUGUUCUCAGCGAAAUCACAACCCUCCACUCGACACUCACCAGAGGACAAGAGGCCAUCUCUGCAAGCCAAGCAACAUUGGUUGAGGUCGCCCAACAAACGCAGAACAUGGUCGACAGUGGCAUGACCGAUGUCCUCCACACACAAGAACUCCAUUCCGCUCAUCUGCAAGAUGUAUUGGCCAACAGCGCUCAGAUCUUGAAGGAGGUUUCUAUCCUCCCUCACGAAUUUGGCUCUACUCAAGACGCAAUUCGAGCGUUGCACUCGGAGCUUGCGUCAAAGCUUCGCACCUUGCCGGACAUUAUCGAGCUUCAGAACCAGCGACACGAUCUCCAAGUACAAUUGUCCAAAGCACGUUCGAGCCACGGACAAGUUCGCAGCGAAAAGGAUCUUCUCGCCGAACGUAUUGCCUCUCUAGAAGCUGAGAGGGAGCGUCUGCGAAUGGAGGUGCAGGCUACUCAGGGCUUGGUUGCUGCAAAGGAUGCCGAGCUGGCCGCGGCUGGUGUCAAGACCGAACAGGCAGAGAAGGCGCUUCAGCAGUCCCUCCUUCGCAUCGAGACGUCUGAAGCUGUGUCAAAGAUGGUCAAGGAACAGAUUGCACGACUAGAAACGGCCAAUCGAGAACUGCAGAAGACGAACAACGAGCGCCAAGCAAAGAUCGAUUCCUUGGAAUUGCAAAUGACUUUUGCGAACAGGGACAAAGAAACGGCCAAAGAAGCGCUCGCUCGGGUCGAGCAAGAACGUGAUGCGACACUCGAACAGCAACAAGACGCCUGGAGAGAGAACAAGCUGAUGUCCCAGAAGCUCGACUCGCUCAUGCAGCUCCUCAUGUCCAAAGAGAGCGACGAGCUUCGCGAGUUGCGCCGCCAACGAGACAAAUCCAAGGUCAUGGAGGCUGAGCUCUCGGCCGCAAAGAAGCGAACUGCCGAACUCGAAUCGAAACUUGAGCUUCUGGUGCGCUCAGAAGCAAAGACGAAUCAAUCACUCGAGGACUCUCGUCGCCAAGUCGACGAGUACGAGGACAAGGUCGAGAAACUUGAAAAGGAGCUCGAGCCUCUUCGCCGCCUCGAUACGGCGCAAAAGACCCGCGACCGGGAAUUUGAGCAGAUUCGGUCGCAGUUGCAACACCAGGAAAAACAGGAGAACCAUUUGCGUCAAACCAACAUCAUGCUGGAGGAAGAACUCACCACGGUUCGAAACGAGCUGGAACUCCUCCAGAAAGCCCAGGCAACUGCAAAGUGGCAACACCAUCAGUCCAAGGAGCCCACGGCACCAGCCUACGCUCGCGCUGCCCCCACGGUCAAUGGGCGAAGUUCAGCCGUCUCUGGUGCUCACUCCUCUCGGUCGAAUACUCCUCCUGCAACGUACAAUGGCGUCUGGCAAUCCCGACAUGCUCCUUCCAAGCCCAAUAAGGCGCCUCAGGGAUACCAAUCCGUUCCGCGCAGCACUGCACCCUCUUCAAAAGCCAACCACUCAUCCUCCGGUUAUCGGCGUGCUGCUUCUCCUGCACAGAGCGUCGUCUCGCAAGCACCCACUCUUCGUGAGAAUGGCUGGUGGGAGUAA